UUCGGCACUUAUACGACCUUAUGCAGUUGCGAACGCCGUAAAACCUUACUAAAACAAAACAUUUUUUCCCACAGAUCAAGAGACAGAUGGGAAGUAACGUUGCGAUGAACAGCGUUGAAAUGAAGCAGGAAGGCAGAUCUGACAGUUCCGACAGUUGUGUGAGCCAGGUGCCAUCCACUGGUGAGCCAACUAGGCAGGAGGACAGUUCCGACAGUAGUGUGAGCCAGGUGCCAGGUGACGAACCAAUGAUCAAGGAGAGACAUCCUGCACAGGUUUCAACAGACAACCCAGGCACUUCCAAGCUGUUUCACGUCUUCCAAAAAUAUGAGAAGGAAGUUUUGCAGAAAAAUGAAAAAGCACCCCCUCGUCCAUAUAGCAAGCUUUUGUGGUUAGCAGAUGUUACCACAUUCGUGCGUUCUAAAGAUCUGCAAAAAGAACAUCUGUCCACAGAACAUCCGCCCACAGAACAUCUGUCCACAGAACAUCUGUCCACAGAACAUCUGUCCACAGAACAUCCGCCCACAGGACAUCUGACCACAGAACAUCCGCCCACAGAACAUCUGUCCACAGAACAUCCGCCCACAGAACAUCCGCCCACAGGACAUCUGUCCACAGAACAUCCGACCACAGAACAUCCGCCCACAGGACAUCUGACCACAGGACAUCUGACCACAGAACAUCCGCCCACAGAACAUCCGACCACAGAACAUCCGCCCACAGAACAUCCGUCCACAGAACAUCCGCCCACAGAACAUCUGACUGCUGCACCCAAGCACCUCAAGGUUAGCUAUAAGGAGAAUAAAGAAAUGCAAUGUGCAGACGCAGGUCCGUGCUUUGAACCGAAUUGCACACAGAGAGGUGUGGAGGAGACGGAGGGUGACAAGACAGUGUUUCAGCCACCAGUUACUGAAGCCAAAGUGUUGGUCGCUCGGCCAAACAACAUUCAGUCAUCACAUGGGACGUCACAAGGAACGUCGGCCACACGUGUGUCCGACCUAUACAGCACACACUCGGCACUUAUGGUACCCGCCCCCGAGUCUACCUAUGUGUACGACUCAUCCCCUUCACAGCUGCAGGUACUCCAUUUCCACACCUCGCCCAGGAAGAAUUGAGACCGAAGGUUCACCAAGUGCACUUGUGCCCAGCCUGACUAACGGCACUGUUAACAUUCCUAAGUUAAGUAUAAGCUCGCCAGUAGGCAGUCCGGCACAGGGGUCUCUCAAGGUUUAGAGGAUAAGGUGUUUGCCCUUCGUUCGAAGGUCCCGGGUUCGAAUCCUGGGUAGCGACCGAAAAAUUUUGUUCUUUUAA